AUUGUUUGUGCACUUUUACACACCCGAUGGUCAAGUUUUUGCACGUUAUACAAAGUAUAACCAGUUCCAACUAUUCUAUUUUCACAUAAACACAGAAAACUGAAAAUUUGUAGCAUGGUGAUUGACCAUCUGAAAAGAUGUUACAGGAGUUGUUUUUCUUUCUAAUCUGUGCCAACACUUUUGUCUUAAGCCACAUCCUACGCUUCUACUAUUGUCGUCCACCAAGUAUUUGCACCGAGAUUACGAACUGUCCAAACGCUUCUCAAGGUUACAUUUUGUUCACACCGAAAAGAACAUACUGUGGCUUCAAUAAAAAUGUACCAAAAAUUUGCUGUGAGUCUAUUGAGGUUCCUGAACCUACGGAAAAACAGGCUGAGAAUAUAACGAACGCACCUCGGGUCUAUCGGGGUAGUGAAGAUCUGGUCAACCAUCAGAAUUUUGACUUUUUGCCCAUGGAUAAGUGUGGUCAAAUUUCUAAUGGUCUAAGGAUUACUUCAGGAACAAGAGCUAGUCUGGGGGAAUUUCCUUGGAUGGCCUUGAUUGCUUACAAAACAGUAUUUCCAGGAAAUUCCUCUUCACAACGCGACUUCAGAUGUGGAGGAACUUUAAUAACGGUUCGGUAUGUGCUCACAGCCGCACACUGCAUUGAAAAUACAACCAUAAUGGGAGUUCGCUUAGGUGAAUACAACAUAAUGACAGACCCGGACUGUGACCCCAAUGGGCAAAACUGUGAAUCCCCCGUUCAAGAUAUUUUAAUCGACAAGGCCAUAAUCCAUCCAUUUUACGAUCCAACGACAUUUAUAAAUGACAUUGCUUUGAUCAGACUGGCCACACCAGCGAAUUAUAGUUAUGAGAAUAUCAGACCGAUUUGUUUACCAUACGGUGAGUUAUUGCACGCCAAAUUGGAGGAGCAUGAAAUGACAGUGGCGGGCUGGGGUGCCACUGAAGAUGGGGCCAAGAGUAUGGUACUACGAAAAGUGUCAGUACCGGUGAUGGCCCGAGACGAAUGCCAAAUUCUUUACCAUGACCUUAAACCCAUUACCAAGAAGCAAAUCUGUGCUGGUGCAGAUCAUGGCAAAGAUUCUUGUAGUGGAGACAGCGGGAGUCCUCUCAAGCGUAUCGACCUCAUAAACGGGUCCCCCCGUUACGUCCAGUACGGAAUUGUCUCUUUCGGGCCCACUCAUUGUGGCAUAGGUGGUCGUCCUGGCAUUUACACCAACGUGCAAAAGUACAUGAAGUGGAUCUUGGACAACUUGGAAUUCCUUGAAUUAAAUACCAACGACAUCGAUUCGGUUGUUUUUCCAGAAUGGGUGGUAGAAGAGGAGGGUUGUCGUACACCCGAUGGGGGAACAGGAACUUGCAUUUCCAUAUACUCCUGCAAAAACGUCAUGGAUGUCCUAGAUAAAGUACCCCAACCCAUACCCCAGCGAAUCACGAAUUUACUCAAAUCAUACCACUGCGGUUUUGAUGGCAGAAAUCCUAAAGUGUGCUGUCCUUCGAAACCCAUAGUACUUGAUCUCGUCACGGAAAAGAAACCUGACGUAGAAGGACCCCCCAAUGUUUCUAGACAUAAAAACAUAGACCUUUUACCCAAAAACUGCGGCUAUUUCGAUACAGAUAACAAGAUUGUUAAUGGAAACAAAACUGGACUCUUUGAAUUUCCCUGGAUGGCCCUCUUGUCAUACAGGACAGGCCGAGGUCCCCAAUUUAAAUGUGGAGCUACAAUCAUCAACGAAAGAUACAUCCUUACUGCUGCACACUGCAUAACAAACAACAAAUUUCCACUCAUUGGAGUUCGAGUCGGGGAACACAACAUUGAGACCCAAAAAGACUGCGAAUUAACAACUGAGGGCGACCUGGUGUGCGCCCCGCCAUAUCAAGACUUGGCCAUCGAAGAAAUCAUUCCUCACCCUUCUUACGACACCAGUCUCCAUACUAACGAUGUGGGGCUCCUUCGAGUUUCACCAAUGAAUUUAUCAUUAGAAAACACACGGCCAGUGUGUUUACCACUUGAGAGGGCCCGGAAUUACAAUUUCACCAACCGGAAUUGCGUGGUGACAGGGUGGGGUGUUACAGAAACUGGCCGCAGCAGUCCCGACUUGCUGAAAGUGCAAAUUCCGGUAGUACCUUAUGAGGAGUGUGCUAGGCUGUAUAAAGAUAUAAAAAUUACGCACCAACAGUUGUGUGCGGGUGGCAAGACCAAGGGUGACUCUUGUGGGGGGGACAGUGGGGGACCUUUGCAUGUGAUGUCCCAGUUGUUUAAUGAUGCGCGGUUGGUGCAACAAGGGAUUGUCUCGUUUGGUCCCCGGAAUUGCGGUGCGGGAAUAUUACCGGGGGUUUACACGAGAGUUGCGUAUUACAUGGACUGGAUUUUGGACAAUAUGAGGCCGUAGAGGAAUGGACUUGAAGACUGUACUGUGUUAAAUAGACUGCGAUUUUUAUACAAUGGACUCCUUCAGUUUGAUAUUGUGUAAUGCUUAUUUAUGUCAUGCAAAAUAUACUUUUUCAAUUUUU